AUGGCGGAGCUACUGGAGCGAGGUCGGACGAUAUUCGAGGGUCAAAUCGAUUUUGAAGGUCAACACAAAGCCGAACUCUUGACGACAACCCUUCUGGGGAUUAGCGGUUUCGUUGCAUUUGUGAUUGGAUAUUUGCUUCAGGACAUUAGAUUAACCCUAGCAAUUGGACUGGGAGGCACGGCCCUGACGUUCAUUGCCGUGGUUCCUCCGUGGAAGGCUUACAAUAAGCACCCCAUCGCUUGGCUCCCUGCAGAAGGCACGGAAGCUGGCAAUGAUUCACCAAUAAUUGUGGAUGGAAAGAAAGCGUCAGAGGGAGUGUCUAAUCUGAACGCGUAUAAUCUUCAAUAA